AGAGUCUCUUCGCUCGGAAGAGGAAUCAAGUUGCUAUAAAGUGGAUGUACAAAAAUUGACAUGCCCGAAAAAACCACCUUAAUUUUUCUGAUCCUGGUAGGAAUACAAGGGUCUGCGGCAGUGUCCCACUCUCUGAAGUAUUUCUACACUGGAUCCUCUCAAGUCCCAAACUUCCCAGAGUUUGUGGUCGUUGCGUUGGUUGAUAAUGUUCAGAUUGCUUAUUAUGACAGUGUGAUUCGGAGAGCAGAGCCCAAACAGGACUGGAUGAGGGAGAUCACCAAUCAGGAGUACUGGGACAGAGAGACGGGAAACUUUCUGGGUAACCAGCAGGUCUUCAAAGCCAACAUUGAAAUCUUAAAGCACCGCUUCAACCAAACUGGAGGAGUUCACAUUGUUCAGCACAUGUAUGGCUGUGAGUGGGAUGAUGAGACUGAAGAGGUCAAAGGUUAUGAUCAAUUUGGUUAUGAUGGAGAAGAUUUCAUAACACUGAGCCUGGAGACAAAAUCCUGGGUCGCGCCAACCCGACAAGCCGUCAUCACCAAGCAGAAAUGGGAUAGUAAUGUAGCU